CGAGUCAAAGUGCUGCUGUCUUUUGGUUCACAGAGCGAGCGCAUUUGCGUGUGAUCCGUGAUGGCUGCGAUGUUUACGUGCUGUCUGGGCUGUUGCGGCGAUGCUGGUUCGGGGCAUAUUCCCCUAAAAGAAAUGCCCACGGUUCAGUUAGACACUCAUCACAUGGGCACAGAUGUGGUUAUUGUCAAAAGUGGUCGGAGGAUAUGUGGCACUGGAGGGUGUUUGGCCAAUGCCCCUUUGCACCAAAAUAAGAGUUACUUCGAGUUCAAGAUUCAAUCCACAGGUGUGUGGGGAAUUGGUGUGGCUACUCAAAAGGUAAAUCUUAACCAAGUGCCUUUAGGCAGAGACAUUAACAGCUUAGUCUUGAGGCAUGACGGCUCUGUAUACCACAAUAACGAAGAGAAAAACAGACUGCCUGCAAACAGUAUUCCACAAGAGGGUGACAUUGUGGGAGUCACAUAUGACCAUGUGGAAUUGAAUUUAUAUCUGAAUGGAAAGAACAUGCAGUGCCCUUCUUCAGGCAUCCGAGGCACUGUAUAUCCUGUCGUUUAUGUGGAUGACAGUGCCAUCUUGGAUUGCCAGUUUAGUGACUUCUAUCAUACACCACCACAAGGAUUUGAGAAGAUCCUAUUUGAACAACAGAUUUUCUGAAAACUCUACUAUAACGCUUUAAAUGUUUUGUCCAUAUCAUAAAGAAACCUCGAUGAACGUUUGAUAUUGAUGGUCAAAUCAAAACAUUGAUCAAAUCUUAUGUGACUCCAGUGGCUUCUCUUACCCCAUGUUGUAUCUUUAAAUUGCUGCUUUUCUGGGUGUCUUCUUCAUAAAGAACAUCCUCACACUACUCACUUGGACACCAAAUUCAAAUGACAGUGAUUCUUUUAAACCUAUUACCAGAUGUUUUUCAUUGGCCUGCUGGGAAAGUUGUGCACUUUUAUUUAUAAUUAGUUGCAGUUUGUUAAUUCAUGUAAAAUUUCAGGAAAGCCUAAUUGCAGUGGUAACAAAAAUUGUCUGAACAGAAGCCAUGUGUUUUUUUCAUGACAAAAUUGCAUCGUUACAUAUUUAUGUCAUGUUUAUUUAUUUAUAUCUGUUGGAUAAAAUUUUAUUGCUGUGAUUUCCUGCUUACAUUAUACAAAUUAUUGCAGACAAAUACUGUAUACUUUGCCUUAUUAAGUGACAAUAUGUAAUCUUUAUUUCAGAGAAAAAUGUGUUGAUUACAUGUAACAUUUUUUAACAAUUAAUCUUCUGAAUGGCAUAACAUUCUCUAAUGUAUCAUAUUUUAACAACUGUUUCAAAUGUGUGUUUUUCAUUGCACUAAUGUCAGUAUACAAGCAAAACCAAAUAUUGCUGGGUUAAAUAAAGCAUUCGCACAUUGUC